AUGCCAGAGAGCAUUCUGGCGGCAGCUUUUGCUCGCAUUGGCCAGAGCGUCCUACACAUUGACAGAAAUGGCUACUACAGUGGACAGUGGGCUUCAUUCAGUUUAAAAGCAAUUGAAGAGUGGGUUAAGGAGUCGCAAGCGCCAGAAGAAGUAUACACAUCUGACGUUAAAACUGAUGGCGAACAGGUUAUGCUGCAUCUGAAAGACAACAGUUACCAAAAACAUAAACUGCAGUUCCAUAUUAGUGACCCAGAACCAGAGUUAGAAGAAAAGAUAGAAGCAGUGAACAACAUUGCUGAUGGAUCCCAGGAAAAUGAUUCAAACAAAAGUACAAAAGGUGGUUUAGAUCAAGACCCUGGAGACAAUGUUGAAAAGGAGAAAGAGAAAUCGGAACCAGAAUCUACGGGUCUCAAUCAAGCACAAACUAGUCCUGAAAAUUUGAAAGAAGUUACUGAGGCAAAUGAGAGCAAUGAAAAUAAUGCGGAGUCUGGAAUGCAGAACUCUUUAGAAGAUAAGCCUCCAGAACCAAGUCCUAAUGUUGACAAUGCAGCACCUGAUGUGAAGGAUUUAAAACCUACUACAGACAAACCAUCCUCACCAUUAUGGACAGAAUCUAAAUUAAGAAAGGAGUGGAGAAAGUUCAAUCUGGAUUUGUCACCAAAGCUCUUGUACUGUGGUGGCAGCAUGGUGGAGCUACUCAUCACUUCAGAUAUUGCCAAAUAUUGUGAAUUCAAAACUGUCUCAAGAAUGCUGACAUUGAUAGAUGGAAAGCUAAAAAAGGUGCCCUGCUCCAGAGCCGAUGUUUUCAGCAGCAAGGAUGUUUCAAUGAUCGAGAAACGAAUGAUGAUGAAAUUCCUGACUUUUUGUGUGGACUUUGAAAAGCAUGAAGAAGAUUACAAAGAAUUUAUGGAGAAGCCUUAUAAGGAGUACUUGGAACAUCAGAAACUGUCCAAAAAUGUCAUCCAUUUUAUUCAGCAUGCAAUUUCAAUGACAAGUGACUCAACACCUACGCCUGAGGGAUUAAAAAAGACACAGAAGUUUUUACAUUCUCUUGGUCGCUAUGGAAACACUGCUUUUCUGUGGCCAUUAUAUGGCAGUGGUGAAAUGCCCCAGAGUUUCUGCAGAAUGUGUGCUGUGUUUGGUGGUGUGUAUUGUCUAAGAACUCCUGCAGCUUCACUGGUUGUCAACAGUGACAAUGUAUGCACUGGUGUAGUAAUGACGACUGGAAAGCAAAUCAAAUGCAAGUGUUUAGUGAUGGAAAACUCCUAUGCUCCUGAUUCCUAUAUUGACAGUGUUUCUAACAGAUUAGUCAAUCGUGGUAUUCUGGUGACGGACAGAUCUAUCAUGGCUGCAGACGAUCCUCAUCAGCUAUCCUUGCUGAGAAUUCCAGACAGCAGCGAUGAGGAACACCCCACCACCCUCCUGGAGUUACCUGCCGCUUCUAUGAUGUGUCCAACAGGCUUAUAUGUGGUUCACUUGACAAAAGAAGCAAACAAUGAGAGCCAAUCACCCGAGGAAAGUCUACAGUCAGUGGUAACAAAGCUGUUCAAGGACAGUGACAUAGAUUCUACUUCUGUGGAUGGGAGUCCCCGGAUUGUGUGGUCAUUAUAUUUCCAGCAGAAGAUAAAUGUUGGUGGACAGUCCAGCAGUGCCCCUAGUAACGUGAUACUGGUACCAGGGCCGGGGCCAGAGAUUGACAUAGACCACGCAGUCACCAUUGCCAGGAAAAUUUUUGAGGAGGUCAUGCCAGGAGAGGAUUUCCUCCCAAGACCGCCAAACCCAGAGGACAUUAUCUAUGUGGAUGAAGAGGAAACUCAGGUUACCCAAGACUCGGAGAAAACUGAGUUCAGUGAAACCUGUCAGGUGUCAGGAAACGAUUCCUCACAGACCACACAACCUGACAGCAUUGACAAUGACCAUGCUGAUCAAAGCUCCGAAACUAAAGCCACAGAUGGCUCGGGUAAAAGUGAUGUGCCAUCAAAUUCUUCAGACAUACAGAACAGUGCUGAAGAGAUCUCAGAAUCAGUUGAAAAAUGUGUGAUAGAAGAGAAAACAGAACCAGCAACUUCUUAAAACUUUUUAGUGAGAAGUGUUGUAUAAUGUGUAUAUAUACCAGUUCUUGUACCUGUACUUUUAUUUUGAUACACAUAUUUCAUUACUCUUUUUAAUAGUAGGUUUAUAAUACAGAAAUAUAUGUAUACCAGUAUAUGUAUUGAUAUAUACAGCUGUGCACUAAUAUUUGUUUUCAGAAAUAAGACUGGCACAUUUGUGGUGUAAAAGUUAUUAAAAUUGGCCUUGAAAUAUGAAUUACAUGCAUGCAAGUAUUAAAUGUGUAUGAAGGAUUAACUUACGGUACUAAUAUGUACAAGGCAAGCUAGAGAACAAGGUCAUUUAUAUUAUAUGAAGCUGUACUUGAGAAUCACACUAGUAUGCUUGUGUAUUAUUGUAUGUACAAAAUAUUAGCAUCUUUGAAAUAUGAAUACAAGUAAGCAUCUGAGUGUAUAUUGCAUGUCUGCGUAUUGUUACAGAAAACUUUUUCAGUCAUAUUUGUAUUUAAACUUUUUGCUGCAUAGACAAAAAUCACCAUCUUUGAGUAUAAGCAAACUGGUAUGUAACAACUUGUUGGUUGUUUAAAUUUAGUGCAGCUACAUGUAGUUGUUAGUCUGCAUGUGCUUGUGUUCUUAUGUUUUAUGUACAGUAUGCAUAACAUUUGUACAGAUACAAUAUGCAUGACUGGCAUUCAUUUUCCUUCUUAAGUGCUUUCAGUGUACCUUGUUAUUUAUAAGAUAUAAAAUGCAGUAAAUAUGUGCAAUAAAAGUAAUGUGAUAUUGAUUAGCGUAAACUUGAUUUGCAUUUAAAUAGAUUUUCAGAAUGUACAUAUCAUUCUUUAAGUGAUUUGCUUGUUUGAUGGAUCAUACAUCAAUAAUCUACAUGUAUUUAAAAAAAAGCACAGAAAUAAAGUACAUGUCCUGUU